GGCAAACAUCAACACCCUCAGGAAUACUAUAUAAUGGCGGAACCCGGCGUCAGCGAGCUCGCGUCGACACUGCAGUUCGGCUCCAUCAAGCGCCACCCUUCACCGCGACACGACCUCAAUCCAUCGACUGCCGCGUCCGAGAAGCAACCCGUGACGCUCGACAAGAACGCCGAUGUCGACUCCGAUGUCGAGGAAGAUGAAAUUCCAAUCAGCGUGCUGAACCCGGUGCCGCGCAAGCAGACGAUGCCCCCGCUACCGGACCUACGAUUCGAGCAAAGCUACCUCAAGAGCAUCGAGAAGGCAGAAUCAUGGCAGGGCGUAGCAUGGAUCACAUUACGGGACCAGGUCCUCAUGUGCUUUGCGCAGGGCGUAGUGUGGACACUCAUCCUCAGCGGCUGGCGGCAUUGGAACAGGUCGGCCAAGUUCAGCGGGCAGAGCGUGGGCGCAAAGAUACGCAGAUGGUGGUGGGGUGUCAACAACUGGAAGAUACCUGAUGCAAAGUCGAAGUUGAAGAACACAAAGCUGGCGAAGAACGUCUCAGAGUACUACAAGACAGAGCUCUCGAGCGCUGCACUCGACUGAGCGUGAAUUGUAUAUGCAUCAAAUGGCGUUCAGGAGCAAGGUUACGGAAUAUCAAAUACUGGUCGUUGACCACUCCAGUACUCCAUCUUCUCUCACUUAGGCUCCCAUGUGUCUGCGCUUAGUUCGCGGCAGUACCACAGGA